CGCUCUAAAACUCAUUGACUGGAACUCGAAGUACGAAGAUCACUGAUCGAUGGUCGGGGUAUGGAUUUCGUUUCAGGUGCUAUGGUUGUGUUGUAAAAAGAUUCAGAAUGAAUUCGAUGAACAGUUUUGAGCUGACAGCCUUUAGCAGCAGAGGAUCGUCGCGGCGUUUUGUGUAACGUGGAGAGGCUGUAAAGUGGAUAAACAUUUUAGGUACGAAUGUCGGAAGAGAGCCAGAACUAAUACCAGGGACAGUGCGCGAUUUAUCUAAUUUUACUUUAAAUUGCGGCAGAGGUAGUUCUUUCGGGAAAGAUACUUCUCCCGGCGAGUAUUUACAGUGCGUUGGACUGCUUCUUCGGUUGUUGAAACCCGCGAUUGCUACCGUGAUUACUCGUACUAUACCGUGUUCCGAAUUCGUCAACCCGAAGCGGAAAUUCCUAAGAGACAUCUUAUUGAUGGGCUUCAAUUCCUCCCUUCUAAUUGGCAAUAGUGCUUCACCUGACCGCAUUGUUAUCUGAACACAUGUUUAGGAGCAGUAAUUAAAACCCGGUGGCCUUAUCACCAAACGUAUGAGGAAAUCGAUCAAUAGCGAAGGUGUUUCCGCGAGUUGUUCAGUGUCUGCUGUUUUGGGGAUUGGAAUGCCAGUCAUAGCGGUGUCUGGGGGUUAUUCGAGUUAAGCUCUUUAUCGCAAUGAACUACUUCAGACGCUGCACCCGCUAAUCCUCCCUGUUUUAUCUUGAAUUAUAUUCAGAACGACUUACGUACCAGAAAGUUCAUAUCGAUCGUGUGAGUGUGUUGUAUGCCAAAGGCCUUGUUGCGCCAGUCCCGUAUGUGUGGCACGCGAUUUACUUAUGCAAACGUGAAUACACAGAAAUAUUAAAUGCGGCGAUGACGACGAUCCACCAUCGGCACGCAAAGCUCACGUUAUAAAUGAUAUGCAAACAUCCAGCCGAGCAGAGUGUUUCGAAAAUAAAUUCUGGACAUAUAGCUCUGGCUCCAAAAUCCUAAUGGAGGUCAUGGGAAGUGCGCUGUUUCCGCAGUUUUCCUGAAAUACCGUUGACGUUUGCUAGCAGAACUGGUAUGCCCACAGAAACUGUUAUUGUUACAUAAAGGCUUCUAAGGAGUCCAAUCCAGCCCAUAUGUAUGUAUAACCAGAACCUCACAAAGUUUGUUAUUGGAGAGAUAAGAAAGGGCUGACUACCCCACAUCUGGUCCCUCCACUCGCCAGGGAAAACUGGGUGACUCAAGAGCCGUAUUAUCGGGAAAAUUAGAAAUUUCGUAAAGGUUAUCGCCACAUUGUGUUUGUGGUGUUGGUGAUAGCUUUGCUGUAUUGUUUUGCAAACGCGCCUUAUCAGCGCGUUCAAUAUAUCACUUGAGUGUAUAUUUGUUGCGUUAUCUCAUUAGCAGCCAAGGGUAUGGUGUUAAUAGAAACACUUCGUUGCUAAAUUUUUUCGUCAAGAAUUUUUUUUUCUAGUGCUCAAUUGCGAAAAUUUUUGUGAAAAUCUCCCAUCUCUUGUGUGUUUUCGCAAUCAGUUUGAAAAUUCGUUCUUAGUGAGAGUGAAAACCGGAAAAUAGUAUACGAAGUAAUUCAAAUUGAAAGCGUGUCCAGUUGGAAUCUGCGUAGGAAUUCCGGGAAGUAUCAGAUUUGUGACGACGCACACCGCAUCGACCAAGUCGUCUAUUGGGAUUACAUUCAAGUGUCCACUUUUCCUGUUCGUUACGGAGUGAAAUGUUUUUUAUUAACGACCGUCACGCUGGCUGCCCCAGGUAACACGGUUCCGCCCGUGCUGUGGCGCGCGCGAAGGAAAGUCGGUGAGUGUCGGCACAAUUAUGUGAUACUUCCAUUUGACCAAAUGAAAACCACGAACUGUUUGCAUUUACGUAGCAUAGAGGAGCCUCAGCAGCCCAACAACAGGAUGCCAUCUGAGCAGGGGGGCCCGGGAUCGGGAUUUGAUAGUUUGGGAUCUCGUACCGGCGUCCCCCUGCCAUCACAACAAAUGCUGCCACCGACACAACAGACCUGCUAUGAUGUCGAGUAUGCUCGCAUGGAGUCCUGGAUGGAUGAAAACCCUGAAUUUGUGCAGGAUUAUUUCAUAAGGAAAGGAACACGGCAAGUAGUAGAUGCAUGGUUAGUGUCACAUGCAACAUCCGCAGGAAAUGAUGUUGGAGGUUCACCGACGCAUGGAAAUGCCCCAAAUUGCUCAUCACGAGGUGGUUCGGGGGCAACAACGCCCGUUAGGAAAAUAUCAGCACAUGAAUUUGAACGUGGCGGCUUACUAAAACCAAUUGUGAAUACUAUAGACGGAACACCAACAUUUUUGAGUAUUGGAACACAAAACGAAGGAUAUAUUCAUGCGUAUAACAAUCAAUUGGGACAUUUGCACAGUUGUCGACCACAAAGGUUAUCAAGGAAUGAAUUGAAGCAGUUGGAUGAGAAGGAGCUAAUUUUUGAAUUGGUUAAAGAUAUUUGUAAUGAUCUCGAUGUCCGAUCACUAUGUCAUAAGAUUCUUCAAAAUGUAUCAAUUCUGCUGAACGCUGAUCGAGGGUCAUUAUUUUUAGUACAGGGAAGAUGUAAUGGAACAGAGGGAUCGAAGAAGUGUCUGGUUUCAAAACUUUUUGAUGUCUGUUCACGGAGUACCGUGGAGGAAAUGGAACAACAGGAAGAGGUGCGCGUUGCGUGGGGCACUGGAAUUGCAGGACAUGUUGCUGAGAGUGGUGAGCCCGUGAAUAUUCCCGACGCUUAUAAGGAUGAACGAUUUAAUCGAGAAAUCGAUAGUCUGACAGGGUAUCGAACCAAGGCGCUGCUAUGCAUGCCGAUUAAGGAUUCAUCGGGCGAUGUUGUUGGGGUGGCACAAGUUAUCAACAAACUCAACGGAGAAUCAUUCACGGAGAACGACGAGAAGGUCUUUGCAUCAUAUCUUCAAUUUUGCGGUAUCGGUCUACGAAACGCUCAACUCUACGAGAAAUCCCAGUUAGAAGUGAAACGUAAUCAAGUCUUGCUCGAUUUAGCACGCAUGAUAUUUGAGGAGCAAAGCACAAUCGAGCAUAUGGUAUUCAGGAUCUUGACACAUAUGCAGAGUUUAAUACAAUGCCAAAGAGUUCAAAUUUUGUUGGUGCACCAAGCGUCACGGGGCAGUUUUUCGCGGGUAUUCGAUUUCGAAGCGAACGACUUGAGUGAAGACGAUUCGAGUUCACGAACGAGUCCGUUCGAAUCCAGGUUUCCCAUAAAUAUUGGAAUUACAGGAUAUGUAGCGACUACAGGAGAGACUGUUAAUAUACCAAAUGCCUAUGAGGACGGCCGCUUUGACCCUAGUGUAGAUGAAGGCCUCGCUUUUAAGCACAAAUCAAUCCUCUGUAUGGCUAUUAAAAAUUCAUUAGGUCAAAUUAUAGGAGUAAUUCAACUUAUUAAUAAAUUUAAUGAUAUGAUUUUUACCAAAAACGAUGAGAAUUUCGUGGAAGCCUUCGCGAUUUUCUGCGGGAUGGGCAUCCAUAAUACGCACAUGUAUGAGAAAGCUAUUGCUGCAAUGGCCAAACAAAGUGUUACAUUAGAAGUUUUAAGUUAUCAUGCGUCUGCCUCAAUUGACGAUGCUCAACGAAUAAGGAAAUUAAAGGUACCGUCAGCGGCACAUUUUAACCUUCACGACUUCAAGUUCGAUGAUAUUCGAAUGGAAGACGAUGAUACACUUAGAGCAUGCCUACGAAUGUUCCUAGAUCUCGAUUUUGUCGAGAGAUUUCAUAUCGAAUACGAAGUAUUGUGUCGUUGGCUAUUAAGUGUUAAGAAAAAUUAUCGAAAUGUUACGUAUCAUAACUGGCGGCAUGCUUUUAACGUUGCUCAAAUGAUGUUUGCCAUUUUGACGGCUACACAAUGGUGGAAAAUCUUUGGUGAAAUUGAGUGCCUUGCAUUAAUCAUUGGUUGUUUAUGUCAUGAUUUGGAUCAUCGAGGGACCAAUAAUUCAUUUCAAAUAAAAGCAUCUUCACCAUUGGCACAAUUAUAUUCAACAUCCACAAUGGAACAUCAUCACUUCGACCAAUGUUUGAUGAUCUUGAACAGUCCUGGAAAUCAAAUCUUAUCGAAUUUAUCAUCAGAAGAUUACAGUCGUGUGAUACGCGUCCUGGAGGAUGCAAUUUUAUCAACAGACUUAGCUAUCUAUUUUAGUAAUUCUAGGAAACGUGGACCAUUCUUAACAGCCGUGGAGGAGAAACCAAUGAACUACUGGUUCGGCGAAGAACCUCGCGCUUUACUCCGAGCAAUGAGUAUGACCGUUUGCGAUUUAUCAGCGAUUACAAAGCCGUGGGAGAUCGAGAAACGAGUCGCAGAUUUAGUUAGCUCAGAAUUUUUCGAGCAAGGAGAUAUGGAGAAGCAGGAAUUGAAUAUUACACCGAUCGAUAUCAUGAAUCGUGAAAAGGAAGACCAGUUACCUAUGAUGCAGGUUGGAUUCAUCGAUUCAAUUUGUUUACCAAUUUAUGAGGCUUUCUCUGUUUUAUCUGAAGAAUUGGAGCCUCUUGUCGAGGGGGUUCGAGCAAAUAAAAAACAUUGGCUAGAGUUAGCCGGCAAAGUACAAACAAAUCAGUCGCCAAAAUGCGAUGAAGCAGAAGUUGAAACAGAACAAAUCGAGAACAACACGGAAAAAUUUCCAGUGAAUGAAGAAAAGGCAUUGACACCGGACACAGUAAGGCCUGCAACAAAAUCAGAACGUGAUAAGCACAAAACUAGUAGCAAUAAUAACACAGAAAACGGUAGACAAACUUCCGGAAAGAAAAGUAUACGUAAAAUCAAUUCGUUUCCCAUAACUGGUGGGGGUGGUCGUGGUGACCCGGGCAAAACAGGCCUAAGGGAGAAUAACUGCCACCGGAAGUAUAACACCACAACGCCACCCGAUCACCUGAAGCCUAAGUUGAAUGGGACCCUCACUUCCUCAUCGGGGAGCAUGAAAUUGUCUGGAGCGGCGAGGAGUAAUGGCAGUUCAACAUCGACACCGACGUUAGUGAAUAGCCAACACGCAAAUGAAGCCGACCGAAUACCGAAAAUUGUUGGAAAACUGGGGAAUCUGGAGGCGAAUGCGAACUUCAGCUAUCAGAAUGGGGGCGUCUAUGGCACGCACAUACCCAACUUCUUCCCGCAGUGACCGAGCGGACGCACGCGACCAACCAUUUACGAGAAAUAAGAGGACACUUUAUAUUUAUUUUAAUAUCUUUUACAAGAAACAAAAAUAAAAUUAAACUAAAUAUAGAUAAGGAGGUCGAAGGCAUCGUCGUGAAUGUCCUGAAUUUUAUCCAAAUCCUACAAAUAAACAAAUCCUUCUGUAAAAGAGUUUAAAGUUUAUUUUCUAGUUUUAGUCGUGAGGAAUCAACUAUCUAUUUAUGCUUUGCAAGUAAGAGAAGUAAAACUAUAAACUAAUAUAAAUUGUAGAAAUUAUUUAUAUGAGCAGAUGCUGUAACUGUGUAUAUAUGUAGUUGUUUAGAUUAACUGAGGAAACUAUUAGUGAUAGAGACAGGGAGAGUAUAAAUAAUAGCAACAGAAAAAUGAAUAAAAACUGUGUAAGAGCGACAUUGUAGUAGCUGUACCAAUUUAGAAUCUGUAUGUCUGUCUUGUGUGAAACAAACUACUGAUUACCCCAAACUAUUCUAGUUGUUUUGUUACAUAAGGUUUCGUAUUACUUUUGCAGUUUUUUUCUAUAUUAUAAAUUAUGAAAGUCGUUUCCCAACAUCUCUCCUUACUUCUUAGCAACUACUUUCAUAGAGAAUAGAUUUGUAGAACCCUUGGUAGAUCUAGAAAGAGGGAGGGGAAGCAACAUGUUGGAAGCUUUGCAAACGAAACAACUGCAUUAAUUGUUUUUGGUUGUUCGACACAUUUUUCUACAUUUCAUUGUAUUAUAGACGAAGGUUUGGAGAGCGAUUUAAUUCAACCGCUGUAAAGCUCUAUAUUAUCACGAAGAUUUUAAGUAUAAUCGGAGAAAUAUCAGAAAAAAGCACAAAAAUACUUUAUGAUAAUUUAUGUAUUGUUUGUUUUCUUCAUUUUGUGAGCGACUUUUUGUAUUUUUCACUGUGAAAUAAAGAAGAUUGUUUGACGGAGGAGGUUGUAAUAUUGAAAUUAUGUAGAAAAGUGAACGCAGGAAAUAAAAAGGCAAGAGAAUAGAAAAAAUAAACUAUUUAUGAACGUUUUUGCACAAAUAAAAACUGUAAAGCUCAAAAAUAA